AUGUAAUUUGAACGCAUGGCUCUCACAAAAGUCUACGAUGCCACGACAGUUUUCAGGCACUUAAAUGGCGUUUUAAAUGUAUACAAACCCGCCGGCAUGAAAGUAGGACACGUGCGCAGUGCCGUUCUCAGCAACAUUUGCAAGGGUCUCAACGAACUGAAGCAGCGGGAUCCACGCAGGCUUCCGGAAAACAGACCGCUGCUGGGCACGGGUACCGCCGCCGACAGUGUCCUCCACAAUAUAGCCACGAGCACGGAUCUCUCUGACGAUGUGCUGUCCACUGGACCUCGCUACAUGCCGGAAGAUAUACGCUGUGCCGCAGUGGCUAGUCUGGGACAACACACAAGCGGUGUUUUGCUUUUAGGCAUCAACAAGGGACUGCGGCAAUCGAGUCGCAUACAGAAGAACCGGCCAGUGCGAGUGUACCACAUUACUGGUCGUAUGGGCACUGCCACGGAGAAUCACCUGCCAGACACCCACAUCACAGCGCGAUCCAACCAUAAACAUGUUUCGGCGGAAAGAAUCAGUGGCCUGGCUGCCUCAAUGCAGGCCUCGCAUCAGAGAAAGAUGUACGAGCUGUGCGGCGUCGACCUCCAAACCCAAGCGGCCUACGAGCUAGCUUGUAAAGGCCUCAUUCGCCCGGCCGACAAUAGCCUGCCUGUCAUCUAUGGAAUCAAGCUAAUUCAUUUCGAACGCCCGUACUUCACUUUGGAGCUGCAUUCCAUCAAUGAGACGCAGGAGUACUUGGCCGCCCUGGUGCAUGACAUGGCGCUGGAGCUGCGUACAGUGGCCCAUUGCAGUCAGCUACGUUGCAUCCGCCACUCCCACUUUGAUGUCACUGACAGCUUACUGAGGCAUGGCUGGCAUCUGCCGGGGAUCGUGAAGAACCUGCGCCAGCAGCGGGAGAUUCUGCGGGAACAUCCGCAGAUGUUGGAGCAAGAGCGCGUAGAGUUGCAUGCGUGAAGAUAGAUAAGAUUGCAAGCUGUAGAUUAACUGAAUCAUAAAGUAUGUUUUAUUUGGAAAA